AUAGCUUUUGUUCUCGCUCGGACGGACAUCAGUGUUUGCAGAAGAGCAGCUGCUGCACUGAGGGAAGGAAGGUUUGAAGCACUUAAUCCUGCUUCUCGGUUCUUUGUUAGUUUAAGAGAGUAAUUCGCCGAAAAAUUGGGAUAAUUUGGGAUAAUUUGGGAUGUAUCAUCAACUACUGACAAGACAUUACGAUUGUAAUGCCACAGAUUUCGCUUUGCAAGAUGCGAUUCUGUCCAUUGUGUCUGUGUAUGCAAAGGAGUGGCAUUGCAUGACUACAGCACAGUGCUGUACAUGAAAGCAGACCGACCCAGACAGGAGAAUCAUUUCUUCUUCACAUUUUUGAGAACGCACAUCAGGAUGGUCUCCGUAUCACCGCCAUACAAGAAGAAGCUCUUCACGCACCCGGCUUGGACCUGGCUUCAGGAAAUGGACGAAGAAGACCCUGAUGGAGGAGAGAGAUUUCAUUCCAGAAGGUCGCUGAUAGCUCCUCAGAAGAAACCGAAAAGGAGACGGAACAAGAACCCAACACGCCUCCACAGGAGAUGCACCGUGGUACUGGGAAGCCCUGUCUGAGCCAGACGGCAAAAGACGGCACCGUGUGGGUAGAGGAGGACAUCGGGACGCUCAGUGCAGAGGCAAAUCGCUUGUGCUUCACAGCGCAAGCUGGACCCACAGAGUUUUCUAAGCGUAAAAUUAGAAGCAUUCUCCAAAGCUUCCUUUGCCUGAUAGACGUGGGAAUGCUGCAGACCAUCAGGGACUGCACGGUCAGUCAAGCCCGCAAAACAGAGCCGGACUGGAGUUUGGCAGUUCAUGAACUGAUGGCAUUCCUUUCAAUUCUGUUUGUAAGAGCAAUCAUGUGUCCCGUUGGUGCCCUUGUGGAUUGCUGGUCAGAAAGCUUUCUGGUGCCAGUAAUCAAAGACACAAUGUCCAGAGAUAGAUUCCUUUCAAUUAUGCAAAACCUUCGAUUCGAUAACAAGGACACACAGACAGAACGGUUGAAAACAGACAAAUUCGCUGCGAUGUCCGACAUCUGGACACGCUUCAACAAGAACUGUGUUGAGAGUUUCACUCCAGGAGAACACAUGACCAUAGAUGAACAGCUGUUCCCUACCAAGGUUCGUUGUCCAUUCACACAGUAUAUCGCAACCAAGCCAGACAAAUUUGGGAUCAAGUUCUGGUUGGCCACGGAUUUGGAGACCAAAUAUGUCUGCUAUGCAUCUCCUUACUUGGGAAAGGACCCCAGUCGUCAGAAGGGAGAGAGGCUGGCAGACAGCGUGGUCAUGAAUCUGAUGGAGCCAUUUUUGGAUGCCGGGAGAAAUGUCACGACGGACAAUUUCUUCACUUCACUUUCACUGGCAAACAGACUGCUGGAGCGCAAAACAACGCUACUGGGCACGGUGAAUAAAAUGCGGCGUGAACUUCCUCAACUUGCAAAAGACCCUGGCCAGCAAGAGGUGUUCUCCACUUCAGUGCUUAGAAGCGGCAGAGUCUCCUUGACCGUUUAUUCACCUAAAAAAAACAAGACUGUGCGUGUUCUAAGUUCCAAGCACCAAGAAGUGACGAUCGGUGACGACAGAAAGAGGAAACCCAGCACGAUAACAGACUAUAACCACAUGAAGUGUGGUGUAGACGUGUUAGACCAAAUGGCGCGGAUGUAUUCCGUAAGAGCAGCAACACGCAGGUGGCCAGUAGCAGUUUUUUACAAUAUGCUGGACCUGGCAGCGGUGAAUGCCUACGUUUUGUACAAGGCAUGUACAGGGUGGACGGGAAAAAGACGAUUGUUUCUGAGCCAUCUAGCUAAAGAACUUCGUUGCCGAUUCAUGCAGCACAAGGAAAUAUUAGCACAGAGGCGGGCCGCGAAGCUGCUGCUGCUGCUGCAGAUUCUAUGCCAGGGACCAUACAGGGGCUUGUCUUUUAAUCCAGGGUGCUUGACGUUCAAGUGGAGAAGCAGUUUUGAAGGUUUUGUUGCCUCAUUAGAGAGCUGGUCGCAGAGCGGGGUUGGUGUGUGGGAGUCACCUGUCACGAUAAAUCCAUAUUUCUGGUAGGACUCAUGGUAUUGUCUGUUAAGUGUUAUGUUUCUUUGACAUUGAAGGCUCUUCUUCUGUCUCUUCUCUUCACUGGGCCUUUUUUUUCCCAAAAGGAAACUUUCUGACGACGUCUGUUUCGUACUCAUUUUUGCUAAUUUGUGGGUUAAAUUUAAUUGAGCAAACACGAUAUACAUGUACACCGAGCACUAUUUUGCGCAUGGUGUGGCUUUAGGUGACGUCUCUCAGCUCCCGGUUAACCUCUCGUCCAUGGAAAGUCGCACAAACCGGAGGGAAAUACACCACAGUAAAUAAAAUGAAAAUAAUUUAAUGUACCAUGGGCGGCC